AUGGAGGUGGUGACAAAGUUGGCUUCCGAGAGACCUGUGGUGAUCUUUAGCAAGAGCUCAUGCUGCAUGUCCUACACCAUCAAGACCUUGUUUUGUGAUUUUGGGGUCAACCCAGCAGUGCAUGAGCUUGAUGAGAUGCAAAGAGGGAAAGAAAUAGAGCAAGCUCUGUUGAGGCUCCGGUGCAGCCCAUCUGUUCCGGCUGUGUUCAUUGGUGGUGAAUUUGUUGGCGGAGCCAAUGAAGUCAUGAGUCUUCAUCUUAAACGCUCCUUAAUCCCCAUGCUUAAGCGCGUUGGCGCAUUAUGGGUUUGAUCAAUCAAACCAUCAAGUUAACUAAGUAUACUUGUAUGACAAGCAAGCUAUUAAGAAUAUUAAUUAGAUAUGCACGAGAGAUGUAAGUGACGGAUUGAUAAUAAUAUAUAUGACAUAAUAUGUGAGAGUAGUUCAUAUAUCAAUAAGAGUCCAAGACUACAUAGGUUUUUUGUAAUCCUAUGAUAGU